AUGGGAGACACAAGUCCGCACAAAGCAUCAAGUCCGGACUGGUCGGAUGCAUCGUCAUCAGGGUCGUACGCCGACCACAUAUACGCGCCAAAACCCAUGCGCCCAAAAUUACCGAGCCGGAAGAGCAGCGGCACCAUGAUCGUGCCUCGUGACUCGUCCGACGUCGGACCGGUCGAAUUGCAUGUCGGGCCAGACGAUGUGCGGUCCAUGAGCCCAAGAAGAACAACCGAGGAUAUCCAAACACUCGGCAAGCAAGCAAGAGAGGAGCUGCAAAGGGCGACCACCAGUAAGAGGAAAACAACCCAGCUGACCGCUGCGCGAAGGCACGCCAAAGCACUGCAAGACUCGCUGAUCAACAUCUUCAACCGGAUCGAAGCGGUCAAAGAAGAACAUGACAAGCUCGACAACCACAACAAGUUUUUACAAAAGUACAUUGGAGAUUUGAUGUCGACAAGCAAGAUCACGUCGACCAGUAGGAGCAAGAAGUGA